AUGGCGGAAACAACAUCUCAAAAUCAAUCAAAUAAAUGCAAACGGUUGUACUUUUCUUUGACCAAUAUCAAUCUAUUUGGCGAUCAAGAUGCAAUAUCUCUGGUUGAUCAAUUACUUGCUACAAGAAUUUUUCUCUUUUUAUUAGUCAUUAGUCUCAGUAUUGUUAUUGUUUUCUCUACUGUCACUGUUCAAACACAAACUGUCACUAUUGAAUCACCAACAGAAAUUACUUUUCAACAACUUUCUGUUCAAUAUUCAUCUACACUUUCAUGUUCAUGUACACAAAUUUCAAUUCGUCAUAAUCAAUUUGUUUUAUUGAAUCCACGUUAUCAUUCAAUAUGUACAAGUCAAUUUGUUAAUCAAACAUUUAUUUCAUCAUUAAAUGAUUACAAAAUGAGUGAUUAUUAUCCAUUAGACUAUCGUAUUAUGGCAGCAUCGCAUUUUCAAGUAAUUGCUCUACUUUGUCAAACAAUAACACAAAUGGUAUCAGAUGUAUUAGAAGAAUUUGCUACUAGAUACAUUAUCACUAAUAAAGUUUUAUCACAUAGUAUAUUCAAUGCUCAAGUAAAAGCACUUGUCGAACAAUUAAAAUCAAUAACUAUAGCUAAUGUCAAAAGUAUAAAUGAUUUUCUUUGGUUUAAUAUUUUUCAAAAUCAAAUUCAAUCAGGAUUGCGUACGAAUUAUUUUAUUCAAGCUGUACCUGGAGCUCUCACUAAUAAAUUUGUUACAGUUAGAUAUAAAACAUUGAAUAAAACAUGUUCUUGUUCAUCAAAUAAUGUUUGUACACAUCAAGUUGGUAUUUACAAUCAAACAGGACGUGCAGGUGUAAACAUUUCGACUAAAUUUGGAGAUUUAACUACUGAUCCACCAUUAUUAUUAACGAUACCUGGUAUUAUGGUUGGUUGUUUACCAUAUGACUCAUUACUUAGAUCAACAUUUGAGUGUUUCUAUAAUCAAUCAUGUAUUGAUCAAAUUCAAAUAUUCAUUAAUGGAUUAGAAUUAAUUACACCACUUUCAUCAUCUCGUUUCGAACACAAUACAACAGUGAAUAAUCUAUUUGAUCAAUUAUUUAUUGAAUUAUGGAAUCAAACGAUUAAUUUUACUGGUUAUUUUCAAGUUUGUUCUCCUCAUUCAUGUACAUAUUCGUAUGCUCGACGAUUUGAUCUACUUUAUGUUAUUGUUACACUUAUUAGUCUGUUUGGUGGACUAAAAACAAUUUUAUUUUUUUCAACACCUCAAAUAGUUAAAUUUAUACGAAAAUUUCGAAAGAUUCAAAAUGUUCAUAAUACAAAUAAUGUCAUAUCAACGAUAAAUCCAAUAGAUAUAAAUCAAAAUCGUUUAAUUUUCAAAAUAACUGAAGUUUACGAGAAAAUACUUAAAUUAAAUAUGUUUCCAUUGUCAUCUGAUAUUACUGAUGGAAUUUAUUCAACACGUAUUUAUAUUUUAUUAUUCGUUACUGGAAUAUUCAUUUUAGUUUUCUAUUCAUCUAUUAUUGUUCGAAUUCGAAUUCAUAGUGUUUAUCAACCGUCAAUUGAUGAAUAUGAACAAUUAUAUUCACAGUAUUCAUCAACACUAGUGUGUCCAUGUACUCAUCUUUCUGUUCCUUAUUCAUCGAUCAUACAGAUGAAACCUUAUUAUCAUCAAGUAUGUUCAAGUGAUAUCGUCAAAAAUAACGGAUGGUUACUCUACUUUAAUGGAUUAGUUGGUGCUUUCUACUCUUUAGAUUUUCGUAUUCGAGGCUUUAAAAUAUUCGCUAUACUUCAAACAUUAUGCAGUAUGUCAAAUGAGACUAUAACAAAUAAACUUGCUGUCUUCAAUGAUUUACAAUUUGUUAGUGCUCGUGUAGUGACAAAAAAUGCAUUUAACACACAAAUAUUUGCACUUAUUCAACAAUUUAAACAGCAGACGCUCGCAUCUUUUCUCGAUUUAUUUCAACUUGUUCUAACUUCAAUUCAACUUAAUCAAUUUAUUACUUCUGGUGCCAGUAAUGCUCAAUUAUUGAAAACAAUAGCUAAUAAUAAUGAUUCAUUCCGUUUUAUAUCAAACAAUGAUUGGGAAAAUGAUUGUUCAUGUGGUACUAAUGUUUCUUGUAUACGUUCCGAAGGAUUUUAUUGUAGAACAACAUCUUGUUUUAUAUCUCCAACUAAACCAAAUCAAACGAUACCAGGCUUGGUUGCAAGUUGUCUACUUGUUGAUUCUCUUCUUGCAUCUUCACUUGAAUGUUUCUAUAAUGAAUCAUGUAUUCAAAUGCUUAUUCAAUGGCAUUCAUUUGGAUCCCCCAAUGUUACAAUAGAUCCACGAGUUGCCAAUAUUACUCCACUUGAUGCAACGGUUAAUAAUCGUUUUUCUCCUAAUACUCGACUGGGUAUUAUUGUUUCACAAUUAUUUAUUGAAGAUUGGGCAAAUUCUACUAAUUUUAGUUACUAUUAUAAUCAAUGUGCACCAGAUGAAUGCACUUAUACUUAUGAAGAACGUUUUAAUAGAGCUUAUGUUAUUGCAACGAUAGUUGGUAUAGCCGGUGGUCUUUCUACUGCACUUCGAAUAUUGAUUUUACCUGUUGUGAAAUUACUUCGACGAAUGUAUUAUCAUUGCCACAGACCUAAGAAACCUGUUGUAAGAGAAUGCUUCGCAGAACGAGGUAUUCAAUUAGUUCUAAUUGUUUUUUUUUGUAUGACUAUUCAUCAAAUUAAUUAA